CUUCAACCUCUUCUUUUCUCCAUACCUGCCUAUGACGCUAUGACAAACUCAGACAGUAAAAAGAUUUGCUACUAUGAAUUAUUGGGUGUGGACAGGAAGUGCGAUGCGGCUGAGAUCAAAGCGACAUAUCGGAAGCUUGCAUUGCGCAUGCACCCGGAUAAAGCACACCAAAAUGGGAUGUGUCCAGAGGAAGCCACCAAGCGAUUCCAGCAGAUCCAGGAGGCCUAUUCUGUUCUUUCGGAUGUGCAGGAAAGAGCUUGGUAUGAUGCUCAUCGAGAGCAAAUACUAAGAGGUGAUGAUGGGCCCGGCGAGGACCCUUUCAAAACUAAAAUCAACCUCUACAAGUACUUUAGUGUAUCCUGCUUCGAUGGAUUUGGAGAUGAUCCUUCCGGGUUCUUUGCGGUUUACCGUGAGCUCUUUGAGGCAAUUGAUGCUGAAGAAGAGCAGUGGGAGGAUGCUGAUGAAGAUCAUGUUGCAAUGCCACCGUUUGGGGGACCAGAUGCAGAUUGGGCAGACGUGUCAGCCUUCUACAGGCAUUGGCUUGAGUUCUGCUCCAGAAAGGCAUUUGGGCAUGCGGAUCAGUGGAAUCCGAAGGAGGCUCAGAAUCGUCAAGUUCGAAGAGCCAUGGAGCAGGAAAAUAAAAAAGCCAGACAGGCUGCAAAAAAGGAAUUCAAUGCAGAAGUCCGCCAACUUGUCAAGUUUGUUCAAAAGCGGGACCCUCGAGUUCUCGCACGCCAGAAGCAGCAGAUGAAGGAAAAUAUCGAGAAGAACCAGAGGGAUCGAGCGCAAAAGGAAAAGCAAAAAGCUGAUCAGGUGAAGGAGAGGGAAGAGCGCAAAGUUGCUGCCAGGCAAGCCGAAGAGGAAAGAUGGGCAGAAACGAAAGCACGAAAGGAGGAGCAAAGAGCUCGUGGGGAAGUUGUGAGUGAGGAAGAAGAUGACAGUGAGGACAGAGACACCGACGCAAGACUUGUCCUAGCAGUGGCCGUGGAAUACUGUUGUGAACCUUGUCGCAAGACGUUCAAAUCCGAGAAGGCCUUUGACCAACACGCGAAAAGCAAGAAGCAUUUACAGGUUGUUGCCAAGUUUCGGAAGGAGUUAGACGAAGAGAUGGAGGAAGAAGCAAAGAACGAGGAUCGAUCAGAGGAAAGUGAAGACAGUCUAGGUCAUGCGGAACAGUUCAAACCUGUUGAGAAGGCUUCAGAAGGGCGAAAAGAACCAACACCUGAGGCAAAGACUGAGGAGGGCAACUCAUCAAAUGAGAGCAACAGUGAAAGUGAUGAGGAUGACUUUUUGCUUCGCUUUGCAGCUCAAAAGAGCAAAAGCGCUGGACGAGGCUAUCCUGCAGCUUCCCCUCCAGCUACAGAGGAAGAUCGAGGUGGUGAUGGUACAGAUGGCGAAGAUGGUGAAGAUGCGGAUGCGAGGGAAGAAGAGCCCGUCAAUGACGUUCGUAGUCGUAGGAGCGAGAGAAUGUGCAAGACCUUGUCAACGGUGUCAAAAAGGCACAGAGGGCAAGCAAGCAGGAGGCGAAAGCCACUGAUUUGACUGGACCAAUCCCAGAGGGCAACUCUUGCGGUGUCUGCAAAGAGGACACCUUUGUGGUUGGCAGGGCCAUAGCAGAUGGCCUUGAGCAUUUUGAUCACAGGACUUCCCCAGCCGGUCGGCUCUUUUCAAACACAUCAAGGCCGGGGGUAACGCCAUGCCCAAAGUAUAGCAAGUGUAUGCAAUGGCUAUCAAUUCACGUAUUGCAGACCUGCUUGCAUGUGGAUUUCUACUUGCUUGGUCACUUUUACAACUGUCAAGGCCAGUGGUCACGCAUUGCUGAAGCCGGCGGAACCCGUUGCCAAAGGUCGCAAGUCGAAGAGAUAGUCGGUCUGGAACUUCUUAUUCCCCGACGAUUCCCC